AUGUCGAACUUUAGCGAUGAGGAUAACAUGGAUUCAGAGACUCGGUCAAUAAAAGAAUUUCUGGAUCAUACAUCAGUCGCUCGUCAUAUGAGCCAACCACGGUCUGGAUGCAAUAACUGGCUAGAAGAUCUGAUCCAACUCAACUCCACCCUGCCACUCACCGAAGAUUCUAUGCCGGUAGACAAUACUAUUGACAAAGUGCCCUCUUAUGAACAAGGAGAGGACAUGAGUUUCUAUGAUUUCAGCACUAGGGAAGGGAUUUGGACUUUGAGCAAGCAUCUGGAGGCAGAACUCCGGACAAGGGCAGUGAGUGAACAGCAGGCAUUCGAACGAAUGGUUGGGUCGAGGUUGAGAAUUGAAUCAACAAAGUUUUCGGAGGACCAAAAAAGACCUUACUUCAGCUAUUCAACAGUCUCAAUGAAAGAACGGAUGGACAAACUAUUCAGGAAAUGGUUAGAGUUCGAGAGGGAAUGGCAACUUGCGUCAUGGCUUCUUCAUUCAGGCUUGAGCAUGGGGAAAAUCAAUGAUUUCCUAGCGCUAGAGAUUCAAAAGAUUUGUGAGGUCGGGCUGAAUUGUUACCUAGCGGUCCACGUUGAAAAUCUCAAGUUAUUCCUACGUCGCAUCCCACAAAGUCUCCUGCAGUUCUCUACUGGCGGGAUCCGCUUGAAUGCAUCGCUACUCUAUUCAACCAUCCUUUAUUUCACAAUCACAUAG